AUGGAUUCUGCUCGAUCACCUCGAAGCCGUAUACAGUUUGCAUUUGAAGAUCGUCCAUUAGCAUCAAAUGUCUCGUUGUCAUCGCCGUUAUAUCGACGUCCGCCAUACAGGAUAAAAAGUCACAUUGUUGUAUACCACGGAACAAAUUGGCUCUUUCUCUAG